UUACUGUCUGCACCUCCUCUCUUCCCCGGCGGUGAAACUGGUUCAGUCGCUUCAUACAUCACACUGCAUACGGAGGCUGGGAAAUAGCGUAGUGUCUAACUGUAAACAAAUCGAUCUAUUUUGGUCGCGUUGGAUAUAUAAAGUAGACUACCCUUUGGGCCCAGGGGAGGCAGUUUACCAUUUUCUGAACGCAGUCCAUCUACUGAGGCAGUGGAGCCAAGGGCGAGGCAACGAGACGGAGGACGAUUUCUUUGCAUUUUCUCAGCAGAAGGGCAAGGCUGGAGAGAGGACAAAGAUGCCCAAACCGAUCAAUGUGCGGGUCACCACCAUGGAUGCAGAGCUGGAGUUUGCCAUCCAGCCCAACACCACCGGCAAACAGCUCUUUGACCAGGUGGUGAAGACAGUGGGUCUCCGGGAGGUGUGGUUCUUUGGCAUGCAGUACACAGACAGUAAAGGCUACAGCACGUGGCUCAAACUCAACAAGAAGGUGACCCAGCAGGAUGUUAAGAAGGAGAACCCUCUACAGUUUAAGUUCAGAGCCAAGUUCUUCCCUGAGGACGUGUCUGAGGAACUCAUCCAGGAGAUCACACAGAGACUCUUCUUCCUGCAGGUAAAGGAGGCCAUCCUGAACGAUGAGAACUACUGUCCUCCAGAGACAGCCGUGCUGCUGGCCUCCUACUCUGUCCAGGCCAAGUACACAGACUACAGCAGAGACCUCCACAGGCCUGGCUACCUCACCUCCGACCGCCUGCUGCCACAGAGAGUCUUGGAGCAGCACAAGUUGACUAAGGAGCAGUGGGAGGACAGAAUACAGACCUGGCACGAGGAACACAGAGGCAUGCUCAGAGAGGACUCAAUUAUGGAAUAUCUGAAGAUAGCCCAGGACCUAGAGAUGUAUGGAGUCAACUACUUUGAGAUCAAGAACAAAAAGGGAACUGAGUUGUGGCUGGGUGUGGAUGCACUGGGACUCAAUAUCUACGAACACGAGGACAAGUUGACACCAAAGAUUGGCUUCCCCUGGAGCGAGAUCAGGAACAUCUCCUUCAGCGACAAGAAGUUUGUCAUCAAACCCAUUGACAAGAAAGCCCCAGAUUUUGUGUUCUAUGCGCCGCGGUUGCGGAUCAACAAGCGUAUCCUGGCGCUGUGCAUGGGGAACCACGAGCUGUACAUGAGGAGGAGGAAGCCUGACACCAUCGAGGUUCAGCAGAUGAAGGCCCAGGCCCGGGAGGAGAAACACCACAAACAGAUGGAAAGAGCCCAGCUAGAAAACGAGAAGAAAAAACGAGCACAUGCAGAGAAGGAGAGGGAGAAGAUAGAGAAAGAGAAGGACGAGCUAGUCGAGAGACUCAGACAGAUUGAGGAACAGACGCUAAAGGCCCAGAAAGAGCUGGAGGAGCAGACGCGCAGGGCCCUGGAGUUGGACCAGGAGAGGAAGAGAGCGAAGGAGGAGGCGGAGAGGUUGGAGGGAGAGAGACAGGCAGCGGAGGAGGCCAAGGCAGCGCUGGCUAAACAGUCCGCUGACCAGAUGAAGAACCAGGAACAACUGGCCGCUGAGCUAGGAGAAUUCACUGCCAAAAUCGCUCUGCUUGAAGAGGCCAAGAGGAAGAAGGAAGAGGAGGCGACCGAAUGGCAACACAAAGCCAUCUCAGCCCAGGAGGACCUGGAGAAGACUAAAGAGGAGCUGAAGUCUGUGAUGUCAUCACCCCCGGCGCCGGAGCAGGAUGAGCAGGAUGAGACUAACGCAGAGGGCAGCACCGAGCUGCACAGUGAUGGGAUCACCAGCCACCGCAGCGAGGAGGAACGUGUCACAGAGGCCCAGAAGAACGAACGCGUCAAGAAACAGCUGCAGGCUCUGAGUUCAGAGUUGGCCCAGGCGAGGGACGACACCAAGAAGACCCAGAAUGACAUGCUACAUGCAGAGAACGUGAAGGCUGGGCGGGACAAGUACAAGACCCUGCGCCAGAUCCGCCAGGGCAACACCAAGCAGCGCAUUGACGAGUUCGAGUCCAUGUGAGAGACUGCACCCUCCCACCCUCGCAUUGCCAUGACAACAGCUCACUUUCUUGUACAGCCGAUCCUGCCCAUUCCCAUCCCGUUCCCCCAAAUCCCUACUUGCAAAAAGGCCAGAGGUGUGUGGAUUCAAUGUCCCACCCACUACGCCUUGCCAAAGCUCUGCCCACUAGCGGUUGGCCAAUCAAACCACUCCAUGCUUAGAGCUCCGUCCAACCACAUCUGGAAUUGUCCAAUCUGGAAUGGCAAGCAACAUAUCCUGCCGAAAUGAACUUCUCCUUGAGCAAAGACUAAUUUAACCCUUGCACGUCUGAUGUAAGCAUGGAUUUAAAAAAGAAUGUAGAGAGAAAUUGUUUGGUAUCGCUUUUAUUGAGAGAAUUGCCAUUUGUAGCUUUUUGAUGUCGCUGGCAAGCUUGUAUGUAAAGCUUUAAAUACCGUACCUUACUUUUUUUGUUUGUCAUCAGUUGAAGAAUUUAAAUUGUUUUCUAAAAAAAAAACGUCCUUAUUUGUCUCAUUUCAUUUACAUUACUUUAGUUUUGGUUUCAUAUUUAACUGUGGUGAGUUAGCUGUGCUCUAGUCAUGGGUCAGCUGAUGUUGAACCAGUGGUUUAAUUCCUCCAGAAUUUGGACACAGCGUUUUAUUUGUCCCUUCUAACCUGUACGUUUGAUGUGUUCACCAUCCAUUGAAGCUUUUGUUAACAUUUAUAGAUUUUGGUCCACGAUAAAGAAUCCAUGUUUAUUUCUUACUUCCAGUCAGUCAAAGUAUUCAUCCCAGGUUGGAUGAGGGUAGAAUGGGAGGGAGGCGGCAGUUCAAUAUUAUAUGGACGGAGUGGUAUGAGGAACUGUUUAUUUUGAACAUUCCAGAUGCGUCACUUUCCAGGCAUUUUAAGAAUGGGAGAAGGGAAAAUAACCAUAAAACUGCCUGAGAUAUUUUAGUGCUCUAAAUCAUGGUACAGACACUAAGGUUAUGUAAAAAAAGUAUCUGUCUAGCACCUCCUACAACUGGUAAAACAGUCUCUCUAGUCUAGACCGACGGGUUGCCUCCCACAAUGUAACCAAUGUUGCAGUCUGGGAAUUCCGAGACUAGGUAAAAUGGUAAUGUCAACUGUGUUUUCCUUAAAUGUCAACCACAGUACAGUAUGUACUAUAUGUACCGAUCUCUUCUUGAUGUCAAAUCAUUUAAGUGAAACCCGUAACUCUAACGUGGUGGUAACCCUUCCAAAGAACAUGUGCAGUGUUUUAUUUAGUGUUGUGGAUGAGAACACUAGGUUAUUCAUUCAACUUUAUCACCACAGUAAAUGAACAACCAUUUAAUUUUAAAUUUAAUUUCAGAUGUCAGAGUUGAUUUAUGUACGCAUGAUCUUCAGACAUUCCGUUCAGUAUGAUAAUAAUACAAAAAAAUAUAAAACUUGUAAAGAAUAUUUCAGGUAGGCCUACUUGAUUUGACAUGUAAAGGUGGAGGAAAGUCUAGCAUUAUUAUCAUGAUGUUGAAAUGACAAGCUUCUUAUUAAGUGUCAUUACAGUGAAUUACUAUUAUUAUCCUGUCAAGCCAUUCAGUGUAGGCUACGGUACAUGUCUGACAUAUGCCCCAGAGUGUUGAAAUAUCAUUAUCACAUGAUACACACAUGCCCCACUAACAUGCUACCGUAUCUAAAUUAACCUGAGCACCAUUUUGGCAGCAAACCCAUCCCUUCCCCCCCAAAACAUGACUCAUCGUCACCACCCGAAAGCUUGAGGAAGGCUUUAUUGCUUUAUUAUUCAUAACACUAAGGAGUCAACAUUUUCCAUUUGGCCUCAGUUCCCUGAAUCGGCAAGUAAGUCUGCUACACAGGCCAGAGUAUCAUAAAGAGUCAAAUGCUCUGGGGUUACAGUACUUAAAGCUCAUUGUUUUGUCUCCCCCAUUCACAUACAGAACAGUCACUAAGGCAAAAACAUCAGGUCACAGUUCUCCAUUUUCCUCCAUUACAUUUUGGCUUGAAAUGACCCAUGUUCACUUGUGAAGAGAGGAUCAUCAUAAUACGUACAUAAAUAUCAUAGGCUAACCCUCAAUCAUUUUGCGGAUUGCUUUGGUCCCUGACGGAAUACUGCAUCCCAACCUUGUUUUUUUGCACUUUUAAAAGGCAUUCAUUAGAUUUAACAGUUUUAUUGUAGCACAAAUGAUGUUGGAUUUAAAGCACAGCAGGGAUGAAUAUUUAAAUAAAUUAUACAUGGCAUUGGAGAAGUGUCUGACAUUAACUUUAUUGUUUUUUUACCUGAAUUGUAGGCCUUGGAUACAGACUGACACAAUGAAACAAACAGUCAAAUAGAAUAAUAUACUAACCAGUCAGACGAAAUAAAAUAAAAUCAACCAAAAUCCAAAGAAAUUGGUGGAAGUAAUUCAACCAAGUACUGUAUCCAAAACCCAGCACAUAUACCACAGGAGGUUGGUGGCACCUUAAAUGGGGAGGACGGGCUCGUGGUAAUGGCUGGAGUGGAAUUAGUGGAAUGGUAUCAAAAACAUCAAACACAUGCUUUCCAUGUGUUUAAUUCCAUUCCAUUCACUCCGUCCAGCCAUUAUUAUGAGCCGUCCUCUCCUCAGCAGCCUCCACUGACAUACAGUAUACAUACACUGUCUGCAAACUGAACACAAGUCACUUCAUCAAAGGGUCUUUCAUUAUACCAGAGAUGAACGGUACAGUACAGGCCAUAUCCAGUGACACUGAGGAAAACCACCCAAACAAUUCCCCUCAAAUCUCUUAAUGCUGACAACAAAUUAAAAUCAGAACAUGUAAAAAUAGUUACUUUUUUAACUGAACAUGGUUCAGGCUAUCAUCAGAUGUGUUUAAAAAAAAGCACAAUGCCAUGUAGAGGCAUUUACUACUCUGCCACACACCGGACCACACUGGCACAUAGUGCCCUAGAAAGGUGCUAGACGUUGCUCAGCUCAAAACCAAUAGGCCAACCAACAGGGGACCAGAAAAUAACACUGUUGUUGAGUGACUUGUCAUCUAAUACUAUCACUGUGUGAAUGGACAUGGUUUCUUAAAAAAUUGAAAAAUAAAAAUAUUUUAACCUUUUGGCUCCAGAGACUAAGUACUGUCUUUGUCAAGUCAGCUGUGUUCCACUGUUCCUCUGAAGGGAUAGACUUAGUUUGAAGAGAGAGCUGAGAACCACGGUACAGAAAUAUGUUAAGUGAAAGAUCAUGACUGUCAAUACAGGCUGACUCACAUGACUGAGACCACCCAACACAAUUUCAGUUCAACGAUAAUAAAACAACAACCCACCUUUUCCUGCCGGUCAGUGCUAUCCAGAAUGCUUGGGACAUCCCUACCUUAAACCCUAACCCCCAUCCUAACCUUAACCAUUACCUAACCCUAACCUUAACCCUUACCAUUUCAAUUGUCAAAUUCAAUGGGGUAGGGACGUCCCAAGGAUCCCAGAUAUCACCGACCUUUUUCUGUCCUCUCUUAAAACACAAUUAAAAAAAUCCCAAAAUAUAUACUGAACAAAAAUAAAACGACGGUUUAUGGUAGAGAAAUGAACAUUCAACAGCU